AUUAGCUGACUGCUCUAACUGGUGCUCUACAAUGCUAUUUUGCUUCUCUUUUGUCAGUGUUAACAGUCAGAGAUCAGAAUCUCCAGAACCCAGCAGUGUGUCUAUGAAGAGUGACAGAUCUAUGGAUAAACCCAUUUACCUGACUGGACAAGUGACCUCUGAUCCUCGGAGGAAGAGUCCAAGAUCAGAUUCUCCAGAACCCAGCAGUGUGUCUAUAAAGAGUGACAGAUCUAUGGAUAAACCCAUCUACUUCAGAGGACCAGUGACCUCAGACUCUUGGAGCUUGGGUAAGAGAUCAGAGUCUCCUGAACACAACAGUGUGUCUAUAAAGAGUGACAGGUCUAUGGAUCAACCCAUUAACCUUGGAGGUCCAUUGACAUCUGACCCUCGAAUGAAAGCCUACGUUGGAAAGAACAACACUGAAGCAUUGACAAGAACAUUUGCAGUUAAGACAGAACUGCAGACAGUCAAAGACCAGCACAAAAUCAGCAUGAAGAAUAAGUAUGAGAGACUAUUUGAGGGAAUCAAAGAAAAAAACACUCAAACCCUCCUAAACAGGAUCUACACACAACUCUACAUCAUAGAAGGAGAGAGUGAAGGGGUGAAUGAAGAGCAUGAGGUUUUACAGAUGGAAAAAACAGCCAGAACACAACACUCGCAAGACACUCCAAUAUACUGCCAAGACAUCUUUAAGGCCUCACCUCAAUCAGAAUCUGAAGAGAAAAAACAUAUCAAGACGGUUCUUACUAAAGGCAUCGCAGGAAUUGGAAAAACCGUCUCUGUGCAGAAGCUCAUUCUGGAUUGGGUUGAGGGAAAAUCUAACCAGGAUGUAGAUUUCAUGUUUGUGUUUACAUUUCGAGAGCUUAACUUAAUUCGAGACCAUCAGUACAGUUUUCACAGACUUCUGCUGGACUUUCAUCCAGAUCUUCAUGAUCUGGACUCCAGGAUUUAUGAAGAGUGUAAACUUGUGUUCAUCUUUGAUGGUCUGGAUGAAAGCAGAAUUACACUGAGAUUUACAGACAUUGAGAAGGCUUCUGAUGUGACUGAGACUUCAUCAGUGGAUGUGUUGAUGUCGAAUCUAAUAAAAGGAGAUUUGCUUCCUUCUUCUCUCAUCUGGAUCACCUCCAGACCAGCAGCAGCCAGUCAGAUCCCAUCCAUAUACAUCAACCGCCUGACAGAAAUUCAGGGAUUCAAUGAGCCUCAGAAGGAGGAAUAUUUCAGGAAGAGAAUCAGCGAUGAGCAACAGGCCAACAGAAUCAUCUCGCACAUCAGAAGAGCAAGAAGCCUCCAUAUCAUGUGCCACAUACCUGUAUUCUGCUGGAUCUCAUCAACUGUGCUUCAGAAGCUCCUAAAAGAUGAUCUGAGUACAGAAAUCCCUCAAACUCUCACUGAAAUGUACAUCCACUUCCUGCUGAUUCAGAUCAAUAUCAAAAACCAGAAGUAUGAGGGGAGGGAUCCAGAGAAACUCCUGCAGUCUAACAGAGAAGUGAUUGUCAAACUUGCUGAAGUGGCUUUCAAACAGUUGUUGAAGGGCAAUAUAAUGUUCUAUGAGGAGGACUUGAUUGAGAGCAGCAUAAAUAUCACUGAUGCCUCAGUGUAUUCUGGGAUUUGCACUGAGAUUUUUAAGGAGGAAUCAGUGAUUUAUGAGAAGAAAGUGUACAGCUUCAUUCAUCUGAGUGUCCAGGAGUUUCUUGCUGCUUUUCAUGCAUUUAACUUUCAUGUGAACACAAUUAUGACGGGGCUGAAAAAUUUUGCUUCAAUACAAAGUUUGCUUAAAGUUGCAGUUGAUGAAGCCCUUGAGAGAGUAAAUGGACAGCUGGAUCUGUUCCUGCGCUUCCUGCUGGGCAUCUCAAUGGAGUCUAAUCAGAAACUCUUGCAGGAUCUACUGACACACAGAGAGGAAAGUGCAGAAAGCAUCGGGAGGACCACACAGUACAUUAAAGAGAGGCUCAAAGAUGGACUUGAACUUUCCACUGAAAGAUCCAUCAACCUGUUCCUCUGUCUACUGGAAGUGAAAGACCAAACUUUGUCCAGAGAGAUUCAAGAAUUUGUUAAAUCAGACAAACACUCAGAGAAGAAACUCUCUCCUGCUCACUGCUCAGCAGUUGCCUACAUGCUUCAGAUGUCAGAUGAGGUGCUGGAUGAGCUGGACCUCAAGAGAUACAACACGUCAGCUGAGGGGAGAAGAAGACUACUACCAGCUGUGAGCAACUGCACAAAAGCUAUUCUCUCUGGCUGUAGUCUCUCUGAUCAGUCCUGUGAAAUUGUGGCAUCAGCUCUAAAGUCCUCAAACUGUGUCUUGAGAGAGCUGGACCUGAGUAACAAUGACCUGCAGGAUUCAGGAGUCAAGCUUCUUUCUGAUGGACUGAAGAGUCCAAACUGUAAAAUAGAGAUACUGAGGUUGUCCGGGUGCAUGUUAACAGAGGAUGGCUGUAGUUAUAUGUCUUUAGCUCUCAAUUUAAAUCCAUCACACCUCAGAGAGCUGGAUCUAAGCUACAAUCACCCAGGACAGUCCGGAGUGCUGCUACUCAGUGACAAACUGAACAAUCCAAACUACAAGCUGCAGAUACUCAAUUUGGAUCAUGGAGAGUCAUUCAGAAUCAAACCAGGACUACGAAAAUAUGCUUGUGAUCUCACUCUGGAUCCAAAUACGGCACACACACAACUCAUUCUCUCCAAGGGGAACAGAAAGGUCACAUAUGUGAAAGAUCAUCAGCCAUAUCCUAAUCAUCCAGAGAGAUUUGAGAAACACGAGCAGGUUCUGUGUAGAGAAAGUCUGACUGGAAUCUGUUACUGGGAAGUUGAAUGGGAAAUUUGGGCCCGUAUAGCAGUGGCCUAUAAGGGGAUCAGCAGGAAAGAAGGGACUAUGUGCAAUUUUGGAAACAGUGAAAAAUCGUGGUGUCUGUUUUGCACUGGUGAGGUUUUUGUUGUAUGGCACAAUAACAUAAGCAAAAACAUACCAACUCAUCUACUACAAUCUAAUAGAAUAGGUGUCUUUGUGGACUGGCCAGGCGGAAUUCUGUCCUUCUACAGCGUCUCUGACAUACACACACUCACACUCUUACACACAUUCAACACCACGUUCACUGAACCCCUCUAUGCUGGAUUUAAGGUUUUUGAGUCCUCAUUGUCACUGUGUCAUAUUACACAACACUAAACUGGAGAAAUCAUCCACUCAGAGAUGCCAUAGCAGGGUUUGGUUUGAGCUGACUAUUGUUUUAUAAUAUGCCUUAUGAUUUGAUCAGCGAUUAAUUUUCCAAACCCCUGCUUUCUUUGAUACUAAUCUGUGGUGAGGCCACACAGUAAGAAGGUUCAUGGUUCUAGUCCUGGCUGGGUCAGUCUGCAUUUCUAUGUGGAGUUUGCAUGUUUGCAUGGUUUCUUCCGGGUGCUCCGGUUUCCCCCACAGUCCAAAGACAUGCAGUAUAGGUGAAUUGAAUAAACUAAAUUGGCUGUAGUGUAUGUGUAUGAAUGAGAGUGUCUGGAUGUUUCCCAGUACUGGGUUGCAGCUGGAAGAGCAUCCACUGUGUAAAACAUGUGCUGGAUAAGUUGCCGGUUCAUUCUGCUGUGGCAACCCCUAAUGAAUAAAGGGACUAAGCCGAAGGAAAAUGAAAGAAUGAAUAAUCUGCAGUGAUUGGUUCGAUAACCCAGUCUGUUGUGAUUGGUCGACUGCAUGCAAAAUGGAAAGGAAGCACCCAUCAUGGCUUAUUAAGACAGUGUUUAUUAAUUGAUUCAUUUUCUUUUCGGCUUAGUUCCUUUAUUAAUCAGGGGUCGCCACAGCGGAAUGAACCGCCAACUUACCCAGCAUAUGUUUUAACGCAGCUGAUGCCCUUCCUGUGGCAACCCAUUCCUGGGAAAUCAAGACAGUGUUUUUUAAAACAAUGCAGUUAAGGUCCAGCAUAUUGCUCUAUCCUUAACCAUAACCCCAAGUAAAAGCAACUGCAUAAAUUCAGUAAACCAUACCGGUCAAUCUUGGGAUAAGACCCCCCAACGCACCCAAAACACAGAGUGUCCACUUUCGCUCUAUAAAAUCACGUGUACAGAAUCCUUUUGAGAAACAGUGUCUAUUUAUCAAUAUGGAGCACGUCUGACAGUUGCGCAUCUCUACAUGAACUGUAUGAGGAUGCAAGGGUAUAACAAUAUGAGGGGCAACAGCUCCUCUAAUGGAAAAGAAGGGAAUCCCGCCAUUUUUAUAUUUAAUUCAGUGAUUUAUGCUUAAAUAAAAUGAAAGCACAGAACAGAUUCCCAUUUAGAGCAAGGGGCCUCCCCUGGUGGUUCGGCGGUAUUGGUUAAGUAUAGGGAGGAUCGGCUCUUUAAUGUUUAGUGCCACCCUUCAUAGAAAGACUGAAAAAAUAGGAGAAAUAUGGGAAAAUACAUUUACGGGAUGAUAGCGGGACAGAUUUGUAAAAUACUUCAGAAUCCUGGGAAAAACGGGAGGAUUGACAUGUAUGUUCUUAAUCAGGGGUGAUUAGGUAGCUAAGGUGUGUUUGAUUAUAGGACACCAACCCUCCAGGACCGAGUUUGUGCACAUCUGGUCUAAAUCAACACAGUGGCAAAAGUUGAUCUAAUUCGAACAUUGGCUGUGCCACAAGCACAAGCUCAUUGAAGGUGCAUUUAGCUCAAACUAUUGAAAAAAAAAAAAGUUAAAGCAGUGAUUUCCACGUCCAGUACAUCUGAUAGUGGCCUGGCAACAACAGAUGCCAUGGGAUCGCAAGCUCAGAACCGCUCAUGAUGAAACAGCUUAAAAUUUGAAUAAAUCACAAAUCAUUCAAAUGACAAAUGAUGAUUCAAAUGAGUCAUCUCUCUCUCUCUCUCUCUCUCUCUCUCUCUCUCUCUCUCUCUUUUGUUUUAGCUUUAAACACGGUACACUUUCAGGUUUACAGUUUUUUUACAAUUGCUAUGACAUUUUUUUCAAUACAAUUAACAAGUUUCCUAAACUCUUAAUGCACCAACACACUUUAGGACACACAAUUGGCAAAACUGUUAAUUCCAUGCUUAAAAUCACACAUUGUAAACUAAACCCCAAAACUGAUGUUCAAAAUACAGUAAUAAACUAACACAAUACACUGUCUAACAAAACACUACAAACAUGUUUCAAAAUCAAAUAAUUCUUCAAAACACUAACACAUGUUCUCUUCCAACAGGAACAUUAAGUCAAUCAUAACACAUUGACAAUAAAAACACUAUCAUCAGCUGAAAUGACAGAAUUUGCAUUAUUUUAUGUGUCAGGUCUGCCCUAUUUGAAGCCUCUCUACAUUUUUGUUUUGUUGGGUUUAGUAAAUGCAUGCAUUUGUUUCUCUUGCGGCAGAAAUUCCAAACAAAAAAUGAAUGACCAUCUCAGAGGAGCUUUAUAAAAUGUUCAGUUUAUGUAAAACAAUAAAAUAAAACACAGAAUUGCUCCAGUACAGACUUUAUUUGCAAAAGGACAUUACUGCAAGAUAUACAAACAGAAAAGGCACCGCAAUUAUAAUAAAAAAUAAAACAAAGUAAUCUUCUAUUCUGCCCGAU